AUGGUAAAGUUGAUGAUAGAGCAUGUUCCCAAAGAACAAUUGGAACCUGCUGCUGCCAUGGCGUUCAGGGGUAUUGCGAAACAGCUGUUGACGAAGGAUGGUAUUGAUGCAGGUUGUGAAGACAACAAUGGUAAAACCUUGCUGGGGAUUGCCGUGGGUCGAGAAGAUACUGAUAUGGUGAAGCUCCUCGUAGCUCCAGGGGAUGUGAAAGCUGUUCUCAAUCGGCAACUACAGUUAGACCAACCUAGCACUGUGUGCUAG